GGACAGGAACAGUAACGGUUGUUACAGCAACAGUUCUAAUUGAGAAUAAUUUAUCACAUCUUGAAACAAAGUCCGCCGUCAGCCCUUUUCUUCUUAAUCUAAUUAUUUUAGCCUUUUUUAUACAUCUAUACCGAAAAUGAGCUUUAUAGGAAAGACCGCCGUUAUUACAGGGGCUACAAGAGGCAUUGGUCUUAGUAUAGCUAAAUCAUUUGCUGAUCAAGGAGCACAUACUAUUCUUAUUGGUCAUGAUGUUGACCGUGUGAAUUCUAUUCAAACAGAAUUCCGAAACAAGUAUACACAUCAAUCUCAUCAAGGCAUGGCAUUAGACAUUUCAAAUAAAGAACAAGUGAAUACUUUAUUAAAGGAUCUACUAAAAGCACACAACAGAAUUGAUUAUUUAAUUAACGCCGCAGGAAUAUCAAGAGAUGGUUUACUUGUUCAACUAAAAGAAGACGAUUUAUUAGAAACAAUCAAUACGAAUCUAUUAGGAACAAUAAGAGUUACUAAACAAGUUGUAAAAUCUAUGUUAAAAAAUAAAAAAUCUGGCAAUGGUGGUUGUAUUAUCAAUAUUAGUAGUAGUGUUGGUCUUCAUGGCAAUGUAGGACAAACAGUCUAUAGUGCCUCUAAGGCAGGUCUUAUUGGAUUCACAAAAUCACUUGCAAAAGAAUUAGGCCCUUCCCAAAUUAGAGUCAAUGCGAUUGCACCAGGAUUUAUAGAGACAGAUAUGACACGUCAUAUACCAGAUAUUAAAAAACAAAAGAUAAUGGAAAUGAUUUCAUUAGGUAGAUUUGGUUCAGUAGAAGACAUUUCUUUAGCUGCAAUAUUUAUUGCUCAAUCUAAGUACAUGCAUGGACAAGUCUUAACCAUUGAUGGAGGUUUAAACAUUUGAAAAAAAAAAAAAAAAAUUGUUGUCGGUGAAAUUAAUUUGAAUACAAUAAAUUAAAUAAUUAUAGUAAUACCUCAUGAUGCAAAC